AAUUGUGAUUUAUGUAUAUAUUGCCACAGUAUCGUCUGCUCUGAUUUUUAGGCUUUUUCCCUUUUAUCAAAAUUGACCUAUAUGUAAUUGUGUCUUUUCGCCAUUAUCAAUUUUCCGGUUUGUGAUAUUUAUUAUUUGAGUGGACGGAAAUCCUUUAAUUUUCACGUUUUAGUUCUAAUGCAAAAUUCUUAUUUCAAUAACGAGGGAAAAAAAUUAUGAAGGGAAAAAUGUUUUAUAUCGUGCCCUACCGAUAGGAAAUCUCAGAAUAUUCUCUGGCGAAAGAGCCUGGCUCGUUUUAGGCUAUUUGCAGGAUCGAUUUGAAUGAUUUCGACGGAGAUAACCGUAAGGAAUGUCCUUUUAAGAGUGAUGCGACGGACAUAUCUCCGGGUGAGCGGCAGAACGUAGUGUCUCAUUUUCGUUUCAAGAGACGUAUCUCGCUCAGAAUCUAUUGGAACCGUGAACAAGAUGUUUUGGAUUUUUGGAACUUUUUGAUUUAGGAAUGCCGGAACACGUAGAAUUACAGCAUUUAGUCGAUGGCGAUGCAGAGCGUCAAAAUUCGACGGCCAAUCAAAAAAGAUUUUACCCAAAACUUAAAACUUGCCCAUACUUGGGUUUGAUUCUGGCUACAAUUUCGUCGCUUUUUUUUUCCCUCUGCAGUGUGAUCGUAAAGGGGUUGGUAGAUAUAAACCCCAUGGAGCUCGCUGUCUUUAGAUUCGUUGGGGUUUUACUCCCGACGAUUCCAAUUUUAAUCUACAAAGGCGAACAUCCCUUUCCGAAAGGACGCAGAUUUAUGUUGAUUUUACGAAGCUUCGUGGGAACGACAGGAUUGAUGCUCAGCUUUUAUGCCUUUAGGCAUAUGCCUCUAGCCGAUGCAUCAGUUGUCGUGUUCUCGGUGCCUGUAUUCGUAGCCAUAUUUGCAAGAAUUUUUUUGAAGGAGCCUUGUGGACUCUUUAACGUCUUGACUGUUUGUCUAACGCUGAUUGGAGUCGUGCUGAUCACUAGACCACCUAUACUUUUCGGGCACAUGAUAGAAUCUCUCUCUGACUCCCAAAUUGAAACGGAAACGGAUCAGCCCGACGUCUGGGGUGCGGUUGCGGCCUUCUCAGCGACGAUCUUUGGUGCUAACGCCUACGUCCUCCUCCGAGCUUUGAAGGGCCUUCAUUUUUCAGUUAUUAUGACAAAUUUUGGGUCCUUUGCGCUGAUACAAACAGUCAUGGUUUCCUGGGUAAUUGGUGCCCUCUGCAUACCCAGAUGUGGAACCGACAGACUUCUGGUAGUGGCACUCGCACUCUUCAGCUUCGGGGGACAAAUUUUACUCACCCUGGCCCUUCAGAUGGAACAGGCAGGACCUGUUGCAAUUGCCAGGUCUGCGGAUAUCGUUUUUGCAUUCUUCUGGCAAGUUUUGUUUUUUAACGAAAUUCCUAAUAAGUACUCUAUAGGAGGAGCUAUUUUAGUCACAAGUUCGGUCCUCCUCACCGGAUUGAGGAAAUGGGCCAUUUCCUUACCCGAAAAUUCCACUGUCAAGAAGUCCCUUGGAAUACUAGCGAUGUAAGCUUAAAAAUGAAAAACUUGUUUGUAGGUUUCGCUAAAAGUGAAGUUUAACUUUACAGAAUGUUUAAUAAAUAAACUAAGAUAAA